CAGUGCCUCUUUUAAACCUUUUUCUUGUGAACUCGCGACAGGCGAAAAACUCUCACUUCCCUGAAUUAUUGCUCCUGUGAUCGUCCACGCCACCCUCCAGGGAUACUUCUAACGCGCAACCCUGAAGAAGUUUUAUUUUAACAGGAGUGCAAGAGAAUUGUGCGUAUUUUAACGCCUGAAACUGGAUUUUAGAAAUCGCCAGCUUACAACGUGUGCAGGCAUUCCAGCCCCGGGGAGCUGUUUUAUAAAGUUCGAUUGUUGUUUCAAAAACAGAGAUUUAACACUUCCUUUUUCACUUUUGAAGAUUUUUUUCGAAAGUUAUUUUUCGUGGUGGGUUGGACCUACAGGGCAGGGGGGAGGGAGAAACACUCCGCCCUGCCGGAAUCUCUUUGUCGACCCGGGCGGCGCUGGUUCGUCGGGCGUGCGGGUGCAAUCAGGUUGCUCCGGGCCGCCAGAGGCGACGCUGGAGUUCUCCCCAACUUUUUCCCAAAUCUUGUGGAAGUUUUUGUUGUGUGUGCCGGCGAGAGGAACGUGCUUGUUUGAGACGAUGGCGAGCGGGGGUUACCGGCCUCCCGGGAACACUACCGACUUCCUGGAGGAAUGGAAGGCCAAGAGGGAGAAGAUGCGCGCCCGCUUCGCUGCCGCCACCGGCGCUAAUAAUUCCGUCAACUGCGAUGCCGGGACCAACCGUAACGGCUCCGCACCGCCGGUGGCCGAGCUGAACAGCGGCGGCGGCGGCGACCGAGCUGCGGUCCCGCCGGGAACGGCGAGCACCGGCGGCAGGGCGGCAGCGCGGCGCAGCGACGAGGAAGCGAGAAGCGGCGAAGGUGCCGCCAGGAAUCCGGCGGCGGACGGUGUUGAAACGGAGCCUCCGCCGCCUUCUGCCCCUCCUGCCGCCGCCGCCGCCGCCGCCUCGUCGCCUCCCGUUUGCCCGAAGAACAAGGAGAAAAAAAGUUCGGGACCGAGCGCCCGCAAGGGCAAGGGGCAGAUCGAGAAACGGAAACUGAGGGAGAAGAGGAGAUCUACGGGGGUCGUCAACAUCCCCUCGACGGAGAGCCCUGACGAGGACAAUGACCCUUCGGAACAGAAGCUGCACCAGAGAGAGGAUGCCACCACUCAGCAGAACACCAUCCUGAAUGAGUCCAUUACAUCGGACACAGGCAGCCCGUAUCCAGAAACUUCUAGAACUACAAGUCGAUGGAAAAGCUCCAUGGGUGCUCCUGAAGAAGACAUCCCUACGUACACAACCAAUAAUCGAUACUCUGGUCGAGGGGAGAGGAUGGGCUAUGGUCGCUAUGGCAACUCUGCAAGCUAUGGUGGUUCAUUAGAGAAGAAAUUGGAAGAAUUUGAAAAGGAACUCGCCAAGGAGAGGCAAGAAAAUCAGAAGCUGCUCAAACAGCUACAGGAUCGGGAUGAUCUCAUCGGGAAACUGAAGGAAGAAAUCGACCUUCUUAACAGAGAUCUGGAUGAAAUUGAAGACGAGAAUGACCAGCUGAAGCAAGAAAACAAGACACUGCUGAAAGUAGUUGGCCAGCUCACCAGGUAGAAGUUUGCCUUCUCCUACAGCACACCACUCCGUGUCAGUCUGACUGAUAACAUUGCCUUCCUGGACUGCGCUUUGCAAACGAAAUACAAGGGCCGGACUGUGAACGAGAACUCCCAAGUUCACACCACCCCUCAGUUGAGAAUAUUACACACCUUUUCAAAGUCCUCUAUCACAUACAGAUGUAUUGCAUCAGGCUCCAUUGACCUUCUGUAGAACCUGCUGGGUUAAAUAAAAUUCCCGAUGUAUUUCCUUGGAUGACCUGCAAGAACCUCUGUUGCAGAGCUGUUUAUGAGCAGAUCGGCGGGUUGAAUCACGGCUGCUGUCUUGUUAUCCAUGAAAUACAAGUCCAGUUCACCCCAUGGCGGUUUCUGCUACGUUCAAACAUCACAAGAGGAGGAUGCAUGUCAAAGCUAUAAAUGGUUCCAAGAAGUGAGAUUUCACUGCUGCAAGCAAGCCCUCAUUUUAAGAUGUGGAUAAAUCCUCAAACCGUACAACUUCUAUGUGCACAAUAUUUUCUCGGCUCAUGUAUUCAAAACUUUGCGUGUUAAAAUGUACUUUGCUCGAGAACCUUGAAAGGCAUUGAUCCUGUAGUAUCAGUCUUGUGCUGAACCUGCGACACGGAGAUGUAGAAUUUCUCUUUCAAAAUUCAUUCCAUUUCAACACUUAAAAGAAGCUUGGUAGGUACAUGGAUGGGAGGGGUAUUGAGGGCUAUGGUCCCGGUGCCGGUCAAUGGGACGAGGGAGGAUAACAGUUGGUAUGGACAAGAUGGGCCGAAGAGCCUGUUUUUUUAUGCUGUAGUCCUCUCUGAUUGGGUAGAAGUUGUAAUAUAAACAACAGGAGGAGCCAGUCAGCCUUUUGAGCUUGUUCCAUUAUACAUUAAGAAUGUGGUUGAUCUGAUCCACAUCUUGACUUCCCUCCUCGAUCCUAGCAACCAAUGAUUUCCCCGCAAAUCCUCCGAGGCCCUGAACACACCUAAGGAAAUCAGAGGAGUAGCCCGCUCUAUCUCGCCAUUCCAUAUGAUUAUGGCUGAUCUGCCAUAGGCCGCGUCUCCUCUCCUGUUCCUGUUUCCCGUUGCCUCAAUCCCCUGGUAGAACAUGGAACUUGGAACAGCACUGGGCAGGAACAGGCCACAAUAUUGUUUUAAAUACUUAGACUAAAGACACUAAACCUUUCUACCUGCAGAAGGUUCAUUCUCUGCACACUCACGUGCCUAAGUGCCCCUUAAACACCUCUAGCAUAUCAGCCUCCAACACCACCCCUGGCAAUGCAAUGCAGACACCCACCAUUCCCGCUGUAGAACAUUGUCUAUGAAUUUACCGACUCUCCCCUGUCAUCUAGUAUUGAACUUUGAAUUUUCCCUCUUAGAUAUCCUCUAGUAUUAAACAUUUCAACCCUGGGGGAAAAGAUUUCGGCUGUCUGCACACUUCUAUCAGGUCACUACUUGGCCUCCAGAGAAAAUAACCAUUGUAAUCUUUCAAAUAUUUAUCUGCCUCCACUUUAAAUACCCCCAAUCUUUUAGCCUCCACAUCUUCAUUGGGCGGAGAAUUCCACAUAUGGUGCAGACUCCAUAUUUCAAGGAUUCCUACAUUCUCUGAGAAUUGGAGAGUGGGCGUGGAAGAAAACCCCAAACUGCUGGAGGAAAUAAGUGUGUCAGGCAGCAUCCGUGGAGGGACAGUCAACAUUUUGAGGCAAGACCUUCUUCUGACAGGCAGUGUCUGAGAAGAACUUUGCCUCAAGCAGUAUGCCCUCAUCUGACACCAUGGCCCAUAGUUUUAUGUUCACUUCUGAAGGGAAUAAACCUCUCAGUAUCCUCAGAAUCUUGUGUGUGUUUCCAUAGGAUCAUCUCUUAAAGCCUGAGUGUAGGCCCCACGUGCUCAAUCUUUCCUCAUGAGCUCAUCCCAGGAUUCAGUGAUCUCUUAAUCACAAUCAGGUUUAUUAUCAGUCAUAUACAAUAUGAAUUUUGUUGCUUCACAACAGCAAUAAAGUGCAAACAUAAAUAUUGCAAAAAAAAAAGGAAUACUGAGAUAUUCCUGAACCAUUCAAAAAUCUGAUGGCGGAGGGGAAGAAGUUGUUUCUGAAUUGUUGAGUGUGUGUCUUCAGGCUCCUGUGCCCUGCCCCCGAUGGUAAUAAUGUGAAGAGGGCAUCUCCUGUGUGCUGAAGGUCCUUGAUCAGGCAUUCUGCCUUUUCGAGGCAUUGCCUCUUGAAGAUGUCCUCGAUGGUGGGGUGGGUUGUGCCCGUGAUAGAGCAGACUGAGUUUACAACCCUCCGCAGCCUCUUUCGUUCCUGUGCACGGGAGCCUCUGCCCCAGACGGUGAUGCAACCGGGUAGGAUGCUUUCCACCAUACAUCUGUAGAAAAUUUCUAGUCUCUGUUGACAUACCAAAUGGACUCAAACUCUUUAUGAAGUAGAGCCACUGGUGUGCCCAUUACACCCAGGAUAGAUCCUCUGAGAUGCUGACACCCAGGAACUUGAAACUGCUCAACCUUGCCACCACUGCCUCUCAGUGAGGACUGGUGUUGGAUCUCCUGACUCCCCUUCGUGAAGUCCACAAUCAAUCUCGGUGUUAUCGAUGAUGAGUACGGGAUAGUUGUGAUACCACUCAAUCAGCCAAACUAUCACCAUCUGUGAGAUUCUGCGAACACCAGUGGUGUCAUCUAUGAAUUUUCAGCCACACAGUCAUGAUCGUAGAGGAAGUAGAUUAGUGGGCUAAGUGUGCAUCGUUGCUGAAUGUCAGCGAGGAGGAAGUGUUCUGUAUUGUCUGAGGUCUCCCGAUGAAGAGGCCAUGUUGUUCUCCACCUUUCCUCACUCUGGGUUGAGGAAGCUAACUUCAAAAGUCAGCUUGUGGGUUUCCCGGUGACUUCGGAGAGUUAACGACCUGCUGUUUUGUCACUGUGUUGUGAGACUGUUUUAUUGGUAACAGAUGCAGUGUGGAUACAGCCUGCUGCGAUGUCAGUGUAAUAAACUCGCAUUGUCACUCGGUGUGAAAUGCACUGUGCCAGCCUCUCCCUCUUCCCCUCCCCGUCCCCCACAGUCAUCUGACUGCAUAUAUACAACCAAUCGAAAUAACUUUCCUCCGGACCACGGUACACCCACAAAGCAUAUUUCACACAACACCUAAACCUAAAUAUUACCAUAUACAAGUUAACAAAAUAUAAUUCAAUAUGCAUGUGGUGUGUAGUACAGGUAAACAAACAGUAAACAGCUCACUGUUUUGAUGGUGGCUGGGCAUUCAUUAGUCUCACAGCCCGUGGGAAGAUGCUUUUACCCAGUCUGGCAGACCCAGUCCUGAUGCUUCUGGACAUCAUUCCUGAAGGUAGUGGGUCAAAGAGAUUGUGUCUUUCAGAGUUUUUUUUCUCGGUAAUCAUUAAAAAAUAAAACUGCAGAAUGUUGGUGCACGAAGAGGCAGACAGUACAUUACUGCCUAUCGGGAAUGACUGAACAUAGCAUUAUAAACAUUACAGCACAAUACAGGCCCUUUGGCCCACAAUGUUGUACUGACCUUUUAACCUACGCUAAGGUCAAUCUAACUCUUCUCCCCUACAUAAUCCUCCAAUUUUCUAUUAUUCAUGUGGCUACCUAAGAGUUUCUUAUAGAUCUGCCUCUACCACCACCCCUGGCAGGGCAUUCCAUAUACUCACCACUCUUGGUGUAAAAAAAACCUACCCCAACAUCCCCGCUAUACUUCCCUCCAAUCACCUUAAAAUUAUACCCCUGGUAUUAGCCACUUCCACCCUGGCUCUCCGCUCCAUCUAGGCCUAUUAUUUAUCAUACCUUUGCCUGUUUGAAUACCAUCAUAUUCUUAAUCAUUUUUAUUUCUUGCAUUGCGUCUUCUGUUUGAUUGAAAAAAACAAUCUGUGUGAUGGAAUCAGUUUCAAAUAGAUUUGGUGUGGAUUAGGUCUCUGUAGUUCUUCUACUGGGGCAUAGGCUGCUUUUCCUGGGCCAGUCUAGGCAAAGAUCCUUCCUCUCCCAGGGAUGUGGUCUUUGGAGCUCCUGUUGGUGUUUCUGUAACACUGUGUUUUUACGGGAUGGGGUUGCUAGCCUCAUGCCCAGCCCUCCUCCUCUUGCAGCCAGGCUUGGGACCGUCCAUGGCGGAGUUUUCUCUGUGGCUGGUGUGUGCUUAACUAGUGAUGCGGGUCACUGAAUUCAGCCUCUGGACUUUGGUGCAGUCGAACUAGAUUGUGGAGGUGGGAUCUGCAAUUGAAUGGAAUAACAUAAUCUAGCGAGGGCGCCCGAAUAAAGGGCACACUUCUGUCUUCACAACACUUAGAAUAUUCAUAGCUAUAAAUCACGUUUGGUGUUAGUUGGCUUGCAGCGCAUCAAGAUUACAGCAGAAAAUGUAAAAAAAAAGUCUUUUCAAUGAAUCCACUUAAAAAUAUUAAAAAGCCUGGAGCUUUGAACUUUACAGAGGCCAGCAUAAGAAAUGCAGGGAAUGAGUUCUGACUGUUGCUAUUUCUUGUGACUUCUGACAUGCAUUUGAUUUCCUUCUAGGUUAGAUUAGUGCAUCAGGAAGAAUGGUACAUUGUAAAACUGUGCUGUUGCAGAUAGAUUUAUGCAAAAUAAACUCUGACGCAUGUCACAACUAAAA